AUGAGGCAUCCUUUUACAUCAGCUAUCACGUCAGCUUUCAUCAAACUAUUUGUUAAAGACGGAGGUCCUGCUGGUGAACUCGCUGAACUUGUAGUGGAAAAUGUUAGACUCGCAAUUAGCCUCAUUGGCUCAGGGGCAGAGCGUCUGUCUCGUAAACAGAAGGUUUAUCAAGUAAUUCAUAAAGACGGAGGUCAUGCCGGUGAACUCGCUGAACUUGUUGGAAAAUGGCUGGCAUUAGCCUCAUUGGCUCAGGGGCAGAGCGUCUGUCUCGUAAACAGAAGGCCGCUGGUUCGAUUCCAGCAUGAGGCAUCGUUUUACAUCAGCUAUCUCGUUUAUCAAGUAAUUGAUAAAGACGGAGGUCAUGCCGGUGAACUCGCUGAACUUGUUGGAAAAUGGCUGGCAUUAGCCUCAUUGGCUCAGGGGCAGAGCGUUUAUCAAGUAAUUGAUAAAGACGGAGGUCAUGCCGGUGAACUCGCUGAACUUGUUGGAAAAUGGCUGGCAUUAGCCUCAUUGGCUCAGGGGCAGAGCGUCUGUCUCGUAAACAGAAGGCCGCUGGUUCGAUUCCAGCAUGAGGCAUUGUUUUACAUCAGCUAUCACGUUUAUCAAGUAAUUGAUAAAGACGGAGGUCAUGCCGGUGAACUCGCUGAACUUGUUGGAAAAUGGCUGGCAUUAGCCUCAUUGGCUCAGGGGCAGAGCGUCUGUCUCGUAAACAGAAGGCCGCUGGUUCGAUUCCAGCAUGAGGCAUUGUUUUACAUCAGCUAUCUCGUAGGAAUGAUGGGUUCUCCAGCGUUGGAGACUGUGAGUCCUACAAAUUCAUUGGUUCGUCGCGUUCGAAGAGCAGACGCUGUUGGUAGGCUACGGGCUCGUUCCGACCACUAUCUUUGGUUUUUUGGACAGGUCCACGCAAAGCGCCUAUUGGUUUUUGCGCACUUCAUGUUGUUGGUGGUGUCAAUGGUAUUAAUGUGGGAAGCUGGAGCUGCUGGUUUCACCGGGCUGCCAAUACCAGGACUUGACGGUUUCUCACCAUUCGAGGUGCACAAUCUGCGUCAUUCUGAGCGAUUGCAGGAACAGGAGUCGGACUCCAUAUACGUCUCUACAUCGUCCAGUGUCCCAAAACCUUAUCUAUACUUAUCGAAGAACGUCGUUUCGACGCUUGGAUACCUGUAUCUCUUCAGCACUAUAAUGGGUUUCCUGGCUAUGAGGGUCGUUGACGGUCUCUGGCAGCGCGACGGGGGGUCGCCUUUAUUCUUUGUCAAUCCAGCGUUACUCCUACUUCCUUUUCUGCUAAGUGUGCUGUCAAUGGGCGGCGCUCUAUUUUUGUGGUCCAUCAAAAACGGAAAAAUGCAGGCUUUUUUGAUUAGCGAAGUUGCUCCUGAGGACAGUUUAGCUCUUGCUGUCAUUGAUGCGAUUCGCUUCACUUAUCUGCCAUGCUUGCUCAUGUGGACUUUAUACUCGUAUUUUUUCUACGGUUGCGCACUAGGCUUCAUGUGUGCCUAUCGUCGUGCACAGCAAUGGCGUUCGCAGAAAUGUGGUGUAGCACCAGCGUCGCUAAGCUGGUCUUUUAGAGAGCGGCCUCUGCUGCAUCGAUCCACAGAGCGUUCAAGUACGAGACAUGGUUUUUUGUCACGUCUGAGCGCGAACAACCGCAGCUGGCAUAGCUAUAAAAGCACUGAUAAUCCUACAUUACGCGGAUAUGUCAAGAAGUCUGAUGAAGAUGGCUGCCCAUCGCUGCUUUCUGAGGAAAUCAACCUCAGCUUUGGUUCUGAAAGUAGCGAAAACAAUAAUCUAAGCCGAUCAUUCUGUGCAAUCAACAUGUCACGUCGGCCGUUAGAUACUGUGAAAGAAGAAGCAGAAAGCCAAGAAAGCACCUUGGAAUUCUUCCUUGAUGACGAUGGGCGAGGAUGGUUUCUAGAGCACUCAAACGCUAACAAGUAG